AAGUCGUCCUCAUGUUCUCGGCAGUUUGGUUCGGUGUGUUAAAAUGUCAGAAUCUAUCGUGAUACUCGUAUGUGACGUGAUUCCAGCUGUCAAGCGAAAUAGUUUGGUUUUGUCCGUUUCCGCUUAAGAAUCGCGUCGAUGAAUUUCUAAUAGGAACAAAAACACGGUCGUUUCGCGUGCCAUGAGCUAUGGCAAUGCCCGUUCCCAACGUAAGCGGGCACAUUCAAAAUCAACUCGAACGGAUAUUAGAAGAAGCCGAUCAAAGUGGCGAACUAAAACUGAGUAAUAAAAAAUUAAAGGAUUUCCCGAAAACCAAGGAGAAGUUCAAUUUGGGUGACACGGUCAUUGCAGAUCUGUCAAAAAACCGCUUCACGGAACUGCCCGAUAUCAUCACCGGCUUUUACUUCCUCGAACGGCUCCAGUGCUAUCACAACUCCAUCAGGACUCUUCCGGACGCGAUCAGCAACCUGCAAUGCCUCAGCUUCCUGGACCUGAGCAGGAAUCAAUUGACCGCCCUGCCCAGGGAAUUAUGUCAGCUUCCGAUCGAGAUUUUGCUGGUGGCGAACAAUAGGCUGUCGUCGUUGCCGGACGAACUGUACAAAAUGUCCCAGCUGACGGAGCUGGACGCCUCAUGCAAUCAGAUCACUCAUUUUCCGCCGCGCAUGGGCGAACUCAAGUCGCUCCAGUCUCUCGUGCUCCGGAACAACCUCCUACUGGCCGUGCCGGUCGAGAUCACGUCACUGAGACUCGUGAGACUGGACUUGAGAGCCAAUAGAAUCAGCACUCUGCCGAUAGAGAUAAGGGGCAUUACGACCGUUAUCGAUUUGAUGCUGGACGAGAAUCCGCUCACGAGUCCACCGGCCAGUCUGUGUAAACGGGGUCGCGUGCACAUUUUCAAGUAUUUAGACAUGGAGGCGAUGAAGAUCGAGAAGAAAACGGGGGGCGGGACCGGAACGCUGGGACGCAGGUCGAGAAAGAGCGGAUCCGGCUCGCCCGGCCCGCCCCACUUGGUCAACAGAUUGAAAAAUAAACGCCACAACGUAGAUAGCGGUUACAGUACGAGCAGCGAUUGCUGCGAAAAACGAUGGUCGCAGGAAAUAGCGGUUGACGACAAAAAUUGGCCUUCGACGCCCGUCCUGGGGCGGUCGUCUGAUCAGGGUGGAACCGUCUCGACGAUAUCGACACCCUCGACUAUAUCACCAGCUCCACCGGACGGGGCAGACGAAGAUCUCUCCAAGAGUAGCGGGUUUUCCAACGACAACGACCGGUCCGAUGCCGUGAAAGAACUCGUCAGUGUUCGUCUUAGUCCUUGUCCGAAUAACGUUUCUAUUGGCGACGGCACCGAGGAUAAACCGAAAAUUUUCCAGCAGAUCCAAACUUACAGAGAAUACAAAGAAGCCUUAAAGCAGCAACGAGCGCACGACGUGCCUUCCAUAUACCGUACCAAAGAUUCGGACGAGCAAAGCAACAAAACGGAACCGAACACGCCGACGCAUCAUCACUCGACGCCCGGUCAGACGAUGGCCACCUCGAAAUCCGAUCCGACCCCCUUAAAUUCCGCGUUCGGCGGUCCGAAAACCGUUUUCGACGACACCUCGACGACGAAGAAGCCCGUGCAAAAGGUGACGCCCUCUAGGAACACGAGUUUCUCCCCGAACCGCUACGUUAACGGCAACGUCGCAGACAACAUGGCCAACGUACACGAAUAUAUAAAGCCCGCGUCGCCCGUAAAAGCGUCCGUGCCGCAAAGCACAGGCGCCCUCUCCAGUUACGUCACUAAUUACAAGGAGGCCGCGCGGACUACUUUCGCACCUAAAAGCGUCAACGGCGUCAAAUCGGGCAGAAACAUCAGCUGGAACAAGGACGUCGCGUCGGACAAGAUCUCGUUCACGAUGAGGAGGGAGAUCGACAAGGCGAGGGAGGAGAGCGACCUCAUCAAUCAGCUACGAAAUAUAAUCGAAACGAGAUUGAAAAUGGCGCUACCUGAGAACCUGGCGGCGGCCCUCACCGACGGUGUAGUCCUCUGCCAUCUGGCGAACCACAUCAGGCCACGGUCCGUGGCCAGUAUCCACGUGCCGUCCCCCGCUGUACCGAAACUGACGAUGGCCAGGUGCCGCCGAAACGUGGACAACUUCAUCGAGGCGUGCCGGAAGAUUGGAGUCGACGAGGGACGGCUGUGCAGCGCCCUGGACAUUACCGAGGCGCUCAACGGCAGAGGACUGGUCCGUUUGCUCGUGACCGUCGAGGACUUGUGUCAUUUUGACGAGCACACGAAACGGGCGACCGACGAGUGUGGGCGGGGAGCAAAACCUACCCUUCGGGAUACCACAGUCUCACUCCUGCUGCUGUCGGUGUUUGUCGGGACGUUGGCGCUGUUGAUCGCGUUCCCUCCACCCAACUGAGUUUUUUCGGGGGUUAUUUUUGGAACCGGGCAGUAUUACCGUCGCACAGUGGAACGAAACAGAUAUUUUGUUCAACAUUGGGCAAUAUUUGUUAUAUAAUCUUUUCAGAGUACACAGAAUAGGCCGGGAUGGUAAAAAGUGCACCUGGAGCUAAUGUAACAUAAAAUAGGCUUGUGGCGAUUUACAGAUAUAUUAUUUAAGUUUUUUAAAAUGUAUUAUAAGGUCAGAAAAGGCAAGCAAAAGCGAAAUACCAAGGAUUAUCAGCUCUUUAUAAACUCAAACAAAACAUUGAAAAGCUAUUUAUUCUCAAGUAAAACGUAAUAUAUAAACAUUUAAAAAAAAAACAGCAAAAACAUUAACUGAUAAAUAAUGUCUAUCGAACAAGUCUAAAAUUUUUAAUGACAGUUCAUUUUUCAAAUAUCGAGGGUCCUCGAUAUUUGAAAAAUAAAAAUUAUUAAGUAAAUCAGCCAAGACAAAAUGAUGCAAAUUGUUUUGAAGUCUGAAAGGGCCGCCAGGUGGCGUAAUUGUUAUCUUAAAUUUUAAACCUUGGUUUCUAUAAAAAAUUCCUAAUGUAUAUAGUUAAAAUGAGAAAUAUUUAAAUCUUUUUUUGUUUAAUGCUGUAUCUCAGCAAGGAAAGUGGUGGGAGUGUUCGAAUAUUUUCUUAAAUUAAUGUCUAUGUCUCUAACGAACUUUAAUAAACUUAGAGUCUUUAAAACGAGCUUCUAGACUAUAAAUCUUACUUUAAAUGACGCGAUUGCGAUUGCUUACUUUGAAACACGCACCUCGAUGUCUUUAUCCUAACCUAAAAUAUGAGCAAAAACUGACGCAGGAGGAAUCCAGAAGUUUUGUAAAAAGCGUUACAGUAGCCUGUGGAAGUUUGUAUGAAAAAUUUGAACUAAUUGAAACGGUAAACAAUCAAAAGACUUUGACAAGCCUCCCUGCAAUCUUGUUCAUUAUAAUUGAAUUACUUGUGUCAGACAAGUUCAUUUAUUCAUUUUUUGAAAGGUUCUCCACAGUCUACUACUUAAAUAAAUUAAUGUUAAUAAAAUUAGUAUCCAACAAAUAAUUAACAAUAAUAGUGAUAAUAAUAAUAAUAAUAAUAAUAAUAACGUUUAUUUAGUGAAACGCAAUAACAGAAUAGUGACAAAAAAUAAGUGUUGUGUCAUUGGUGGCACAAACAUAGACUAACACAAUUUCUAUAAAAGACAAAUAUACGAUUAUAAAUAAGCAUAAUGACCGAAGUAGUGACCUAGUUAGUGAUUAAGCGUAAUUUCUCAUUAAAAAAUAAGUGAUAAUACUAAAUAUUUGGAAAAAGCUAAGCUAAGCCCAGGAGAUUUGGUGCCUAUUGAUUAAAUUGUAAAGAAGUAAUAAACAUAAUAAUAACUUUAUAAUUUUAUUUUGAUUUUAAUUAUCUUUUGGCAUUCAUAAUAAUAAAUUUGAGUUUUGUUUGGUAAAUCGGAGAUAAUAAGACAUUAAUAACAAUCCGUAAAGGGAAAUUUAAUUUGUUAAAUUCUUUUGUUCAUAUUUUAGUUUAGGAUAAAGAUAUUGAGAUGUAGUUUUCACUGCAUUGUUGUGCCCUUAUUUGACUAUCUAAUGAUUAAAAAAAACAUGAGUCGUAUUAUUUUUUCCGACUAUAAUAGAAAACUGCACCUGGUGGUCAAGUAAGAUUCCCAGUUUAUUAAAAUGCGUUAAGCCUGUUCGGCUUUUUAUUUAAGAAAAUGUGCGAAUAGCCCCCACCUGUUUUCUUGCAGAGAUAGAGCAAAAAGCAUGAUAAUGCUCAAUGUAACUUUUAGUUUAAUAGCUUAACGUUAGAAUUUUUUUAUAAAAAACGAGGUUUAAAAUUGAAGAAAAUAAUUACGCUCUCAUUUUUUUUUUCAAAUUUUUAGCACUCUCCGUUUUCCUAAUAGCGUACCUCGUCGUUCUUACUGGGACAUCCUGUAUAUAUAACAAAAGUAUAAUGGUCUGUUAUAUGCCGUUUUUCGUUUCUUUCGCACUUUUAUUUUUCUUAAUGAUUCGAGCUAUAUAUAAAGAUUCGAAACGUAGUUAAUUAAUAAUAAUUAACGAUAAGAUGUAUCUUCAAAAAUUUGACAAACAUUUAUUGACAAAGAACGCCAGUUAGAUUAAAACAAUAAUAACUUUUAUAAAACCUACGGUUAAUUUUAGUCUAACAAUCAGAUUUUAAGUGAGGUCUGAUAUUUUUUCUUUUGAAACUACCGAAUUCAGUUUUCCAUUUUCAAAAAAAAAACAUUAGCCCCAUGUCCAAUAUUUAAUAUGGACUCGUUCCAUUGUGCGUCGACCUUGCAAUACCGAUUCUCGUAUUUAUUUACAAAGUUGAAACGCAAUAGAGAGCGGCGACCAAUAUUCCUCUCAUUAUAAAUGUUAUUUUGUCAAAAAGGGCGACUGAAUUACCCACCUGUUCCUUCCGUGAUGCAUAACCCGUUUACGGAAACAAAAAAUGACGAAUUAAUAAUUUUAUUCAGUCAUUUUUGACAAAAUUGGAGUUAUUUGAAACAAAGGGGUUUUGUGGGGCCAUAUUGAAAACAAAUGUCGGGUUGUGGUAUAUACAUUGUUCCCCAGAGUCGAUGGCUUAUCAAGAAUAAAAAUACGACUUUAAAAAUUGGGUUCGGGCAAUACCCAUACAUUAACUUAAUUUUUCGAAUGAAUAUAUUAUUACAUUUUUGGAUUCUAUGAAAAGUUCUAUAACUUGCCGUGUAACCUUAAAACAACAAUAUUAAAAUUACGUUGUAGAAAACAGUUAGUAAUUAACUGUCUUUCAACUCAUUUAGGUAGAAAUCUAAAAUUUUGGCUAUGGCGUGUCAAUAGGCUGCUUUUAUCCACGUUAUCCACUUUUUCUUCGGCACAGUGAAGCCAGGAGGGCAAAGUACUUCUUCAGUGUGGGUGGUAAUAACCAUGAAAGUCUUUUGGACUUGCGGCUGGUCAUUGCUAAUACACUUUUUCCUCUCUAAUCAGGUCCGACUUUCACCUCAAGUAUUAUGUUUUACCACAACUAUUUUGAAUCAUUUUGGAGUUAAAAACAAAAAAAAAUACGGUUUAUGAUUUUAUUUCCAAAAUAGAGUUAAAACAUAUGUUACUUAGGACAUAGACAUUUUAAAAAUCGGAGGCGUCUGGUCCCAGCAGAUGUAGCCACGCUGCAGUGUCUCAAACAUUCUGUAAAUAGAGAUCAUAGCCUCAUAUGCCUGCAAUUCAAUUUUUCAAUGCUUAUCUUCUUCUAGUUUCGAGAUACUUCUAAUAGGCCAUCGAAUUUGGGGAACCCUAAAUAGACGCUUGGGCGCCUGGUAUAUUUUUAAGUUUCUGCGACAACCAAAUAUUUAAACUUAUCGUAUAACCCAUCCAGUUUAGUUUCGAAGAUACCUAAAUCAAAAAUGUUCAGAGUACAAAGUGAUCGUUUUUUUUUACAUUCCUUAUUGGAUAGUUUUUUUUGUUAAAUAAACCAGCCUUACGAGCGAGUGAGAAAAGUAAGAAUACUUUUAGUUAGAUGCCACGUCGGAUUUAGCUAGGAUUUGAAAGGCGCCUUACUAAUGUUAAGAAGUGAUGAUCACUCUAAAAGUAGCGGUAGCGGUAGUCUUGUUAUAAUUAGUGAGAUGAGCAGUGCUUAAUAUAUAAUUGAUUGCGUAUAUUUUAUUUCGUAGUAUUUAAUGCUUAAUAUAUACAGAUUUGAGUAGCUCUUAAGUGGAUCGAUCUCGUGGUAUACCUUCGUACCAGUAAUUUUUAUAAAAUUUACCUUAGUACUAGGAUAGAUAUGUUCUGGCAUAGACCAAGCUUUCGCAGAGUUCCGCACCAAUGCUAAAAAUAAUUCUGCUCCUGUUUUGCCACGUUGCCAAAUUUAAUUUUACAUUAAUGAUUUUGUGUUGCGCAUGUUUUGGCUCACUAAUAAGGAGCGCUUUCUAUAAACAGUAUUAGUGUCUAUGUCUAUGAGGGGCAACCCGCAUUAUCUAAAAAAGUAAUACGAACAGGGUAUUUAUAAAUUCUGGUAUCGUUUUUUCGCCAUUUGCGUAUUAUAACCGUAUGUAUUAAAAUAAUAUAAGGGAUUUUUAUGUUGAAAUGUAAAGGGUGAUUCAUGUUGAGUGUUUGGGGAGUUUGAGGAGUUUAGGGGAACUAAAUCGUUUUUCUUUUGAGAGAAUAUUGGAGAUACAAAUGUAUAUUAGUAAAAAUAUUUUUUUUUGCAGGAAAAAUACAGUUUUCUUAAAACUUUCUUUAAUGAGCUAGCUAUUUAAAAUUUUUAUCAAACUUUGACCGUAAGCCAUACACUGUGUCAAAAAUGUACAUUUCUCAAAAAACAUUUAGUAAUAUAUUUGACAUUGCUAUGAAGAAGUUCAAUAAUUUAUCUAAUAAUAAUAUUAAACUUACAACUAUUUAUUAUUGAUUUGUUAAGCAAGGUAUUUCAAAAUUAUUUGUUGAUGUGAGAUUUGCGGAACUGCUUAAAUUCUUAAUGAAUUUGUCAUACAAUAUUUAUGUUUGAACUGCCUGACGUUCGAAUUUUGUCAGCUAUAUCAAUUCUAGAUAUGUAGCUCCCAGCAUCUUGAGAUGAGAUUCAACUAGCAUUUCGUUUUAAUAGAAUAAUGUCAGCACCCCGAUUAGCUAGCAAUGUCGCUGAACUGCGAUGAAAAGAAUAUCCUGUGUAUUUCAUUGGUUUGAGCAAUUUUCAAAACUUUGGCCUUGCGCAAGCGUAAGUUAUUUUUCUUCAUGCAUUAUUUUAUAUCAUCAAUACAGUAGUGAAUUAAAAAAACCAAGGCAGUUCACAUAAUCAAAUGGUUCAUAUAAUGCAGAUUUCAUGAAAUGAAUGUAGAUAAUGUUUAUUAUCUAUUUAUUAUGUAUAUCAUACAUAUGCUGUGAUGUAGUUUCGGGGAUUUUUUAAGGAAUCUUCUUACUCAUUUCCAACCUGCCAUUUUUGUUUCGCGAUUGAAAACAUGUUUUAUUUUAUUUUGUUCUACUACAUCAAAUACUAUCCGCCGCAAAUCACUGGAAAUUAGACCAAAAAACCGUGUUUUCAUAUCAGUUAUAUGAACUGCAGCUUCCUCUUCGGUGGCUUUAGAGAAAGUUACUCUAAGUCCUCCCAAAUCGAUCUUAGAACUGUCUUGUUAGGUAAAAGCUAAGCUAGUUUGUUAACAGAUUUAACUUGAUAUUUUAUUUUCACAAAAACAGUUGGUAUUCCUUUGAUCCCUCUGAUCGCUUGUAAAUAAACUAAAUGUGAACUCUAAUUACCCUAACAAUCAGCCAGUGCCAUGCGGUGAAAAUACGGCUAAUGGCAUUGGCGGAGUCUAUAACGGGCAUGCCCCUAUGUAGGGUUGCAUUUAAAAGAAGUUUUUUAUUGAUAGUCUUUUUCUUUAGGAUUUUACAUUCAAACAAAAUUUUGGUAUUUGGUAGGUAUUAAACUAUAAAGCUGCGGUUUUCUGCAAUAAAAAAUUCAAAGUUAGGGAGGUAGGCACAGUGCAACGUACUAAUAUACGCGGUGUUCCAUUCGAAUUUCCCAUGUUAUCGUGUUUCGAGUUGACUUGGAAAGGCUACAGGCGUGUUAAUAUUUCAAGAUGGCGCGCUUAAGCUAUAUACCAAAUUUGAAGAAAAAUGUCUAGUUCUCUAGACCUCGACGUGAAUCAGCCUUUAUUUGAGAGCCACAAGUGAUUUUUGAAAUUGCUGGCAACUAAUUAACGACCUGAACGAUCCACGGCAACUAUUUUUUCCAUGCGUACUUUCGUAUCUUCGUUUAACUUUUGUAGUUCCUGAUAGAUUCCGCGCAAUCCAAAGAUUUACUCCGUAACUAUACCUACUUUUAUUUCCAGUCAUUCAUCCAACGGCGAAUAUCGUAUUCCACAGAUUAUUCGUUUUUAUAUAUAUUCGGUUAUCAUUAUUCCAUAUUAUAUUCUUCGAUCAUUCUAGUCACGUGUCAUACUACUUUCAGUAUUAUAAGUCGUUAUUAUCAAUCGUAAAGACUGUCAAAUAAUUCCGUAUUGUCUACGUCAGGCAGAUAUUUUGCAAAUUUUACUUAAUAUUUAAUUGUAAGUGUUUUGUAUUAUGUUUUUUUUUUUUUCUCCCAAAAUAAGAACUCGAAAAUCGCGUUUAUCGAAAAUUUGUGAAUAGUAUUUAUGAAUGGUAUCGAGAACGGGGGCUCCGUCUAGAUCAUCGGGCACGACUGCCGGAAUAAAAGGCACAUUUUUUCUCAAUCACGAAAAUAUUUGUGUUAAAGUUAUUUAAUUUCAAAUCAGAAACUGUGCGUACUUUUUGAGUGGAAAAUAACACACGAACUUAACUCGGUAGAACGAUGUUCAGGUACUAAUACAAUAUGGCAACUAGCUAUACUUACUAAAAGAACGAAAAUUUGGAGUUAUUAAUAUCAGGUACUGAUAUUAUAGGUUAAAAAAUAAAAGGGAUAUCGUUGCAUUUAUUUUUUUUAAGAUAAGAAAGUUUAUGUGUAAAGCGUCCUCUGGCGCUGAUCCAAGCAGCCUAAAUCAAUCAGUGUUGAUAGCCUAAAGAAUCAUUUUUAACAACUCCAAGUUUGCCAAAAUGCGUUCGGUCAUUCUGAUGUCUGAAAAAUUUUACGAGAUAAGGAAAUAACUAUUUAACAAAAAGAAUUGAAUUUAUCCCAGCUUUACGGUGUCAAUUUUAGCCAUUUUUAAUAUAAGUUUUUUUCCCAAAAAAUCUGAUUUAAACUUUGAACUUAAAAAUAGAAAUUACUUUUCGAGAUACCAUCUUUAAUCGGGACAGCUAGUUAACACAAUUCAUUCUGAUUAUCGAAUACACAACAAUGCAAAAAACAUUUAUUUAAUAUACAAUGCGUAUGUAUGUAUGUAUAUUUUUGAAAAAAUAACGACAAACAAAUAUUUGAUCUUAAUACCUUAUAAAGAUCCUAUAAAUCAAGAAAAAACCCUAAUGUAAACAGAAAAAAAGCACAUCAGCAUAGUUAUCAUUGAACUCAUAAAAAUACUUGUGAUUGUCUGCGGCUUCAAUUUUUUGAAUAUUGGUCAUUUGCCUGACAACACUAACUUGUUUCCAAGUCUCGUCCAAAAACAAGACCACAUCUUUCAGGUUUAUAUUUUCAUAGAUUGCAAGAAAGGCGUGCAGUCAAGAUAUUGGAAAAAUACCGAUGUGUUUCCAUCGUCACUAGUCACUACAGAGGGAUCGAACUCAAUUUACAACCACUCAUUAAAAGUCUCCCGUGUCACCUAACUUUAUGUUGAAUUAUGAUAACUAAAAGCCUGAGUUGCAACACGGCAUGAACGUAAUUCUCUCUUUAUUCACUUUCCUUCCUGGAGCGGUUGUCUCUCCAGAAUGUAGUAGUAGUGUUUUAGUUGGUAGCAUUCUCCAAAAGAGAUCACUUUCAUCCAUCCGCAUUAUAAAUUUCAUCAUUGGUUGGUUCAGUUAUUCUUUUGAAUUCAUUCCUUAAGUUAUUCUACAAAAGUAUGGACGGCAUCGUAAUCAGUAGAGAUUCGCCACAGUCAUCUGACGAAUACCGAACCGCUUCUAAACUUCUGAAGCCAUCCUUGUCAAGCGCGAAAAUCUUCUUUCUGUGUCACAGUUUUAUAAAAAGAUUUUAGUUUCUUGCAUAAAAUCCAGACAUUGGUGUGCGUGUAGAAAAUAUUACCUUUAACCCCUGACAAUCUUCUAGGGUUUAAACGAAAAAAGUGAAACUAUUUUAAUUACAUACAUACAUGUUUUUGCCGCCAAAAUCUCAAAGAACUGAUAAUUUUACGUUCGUAUCAUAAAUUUCCUUUCAGAUCCUGGCAUCUAAAUUACGAGAUUUUCUUAAGAAAAUGAAAGUUGACAUUGAAAAUAAAGUUUAAGUUGAAAUCAAUAUCCCUAUUAAAUUCCCCGCUAAUAAUUUCGUUAAAAGGUAGUCUUAAUUGUAUUCCUUAAAUAAAAACUCGUGAGAAUUUCAGUGGUUUCUAAAGGUUUUGUCAUGCGCCAAAUUUAUCAGCACAAAAUAUGCAGUAUAUGAAGUAUCUAUUUUUGAAACUAGAAAUGCUUAAGACUAUUUUUAUUAUACAUAUUUGGCACAGAGAAACUUGCAUAAGCUUAAAAAUGUUGCAAAAAUAUUUUCCAAUAGGUUUUAUUUUAUAACCAACUAAAUUGUAAAAAGGGUCAUUGACUUUACAAUGUACAUACGUUAAUACAUACGUGACUAAAUUUAUUAGAAAUAAUUACUAAGUUAGCCGUAGCAACACCUACUCCACAAACGGAGCGUACCGAUAUGAUAUCGCAAUUUGGGUGUUCCGAUGAAUUGUACUGUAAUUUUCAUCACCCUAUUUUAACCAAAAAGGUAGAAUGAAAGACCAAAACAAUAGCCGUUAAAACGAACGAGUCGUUGCGCGACAUCUGGCGGGGAACCUCUUCCUGCUACCAUUUUUUCCCCAUUUUCACCUAACAUUUUUUCCCCUAGAAUGUGUAUUAUUCUUGUAUGCUUUUUAAUAAAACCCGAAAGGAUUGCGUUUGAUUUUAUUUAAUGCGUGACCAAAGCAGAUCGUUU